AAAAAAGGUAGCAAUUUGGAUUGGAAGAAAAACAAGUGAGUGUAGGUGAAGAGUGACAUAGAGUGGUGACCACAUAGUACAUUAGAAAGAAAGGGUUCAUAGCAAUUACAAUUAGCAUGGUGAUGAUGUUGAUGAUGAAUUGAUGAUGAAGGAGCGUGAGAAGAGGAAAAAAAAAUGGUUGGUAGCCUUUAGUCUCACAGCUUUGAUUGGGUCCCUCACACAUUCAAUGCUCUUCUUUUCUUUCUGAACCCAUUUUCCCAAUUUCACCCUAAUUCUCCCAAUUUUUUUUUCUCUCUCUAAUUCAUUCAUUCGUUGUCCUUCAAACCUCUGAUUCAUUCAUUCACUUCUCUUGUCCCAUCUUAAUCAACAUAGCUCCUGAUAUCUCACUCACUCACUCUCUCUCACUCACACUCUUUUUAAUUCUCUUCCAUUCGUUUUGUGAUUUCUCAAACAAUGGAUAUAGAAGGCUCAGGUGAACCUGCACCUGCACCUUCACCGCACCGUGUUCUUCUCAUUUCCGCUGGUGCCAGCCACACCGUUGCUCUUCUCUCUGAGAAUGUUGUUUGCUCUUGGGGAAGAGGAGAGGAUGGGCAAUUAGGACAUGGUGACUCUGAGGAUAGGCUUUGGCCUACACAGCUCAGUGCAUUGGAUGGCCAAGAAAUAACCUCUAUUAUAUGUGGAGCUGAUCAUACUAUUGCAUAUUCAAAGUCUCAAGGGGAAGUGUAUAGUUGGGGAUGGGGUGACUUUGGAAGGUUAGGUCAUGGUAAUUCCAGUGACUUGUUUAUUCCUCAUCCGAUUACAGCAUUACGAGGUCACAAUAUAAAGCAAAUUGCUUGUGGCGAUAGCCAUUGUUUGGCAGUUACUAUGGAAGGGGAGGUGCAGAGUUGGGGACGGAAUCAAAAUGGUCAACUUGGACUUGGCACCACAGAAGACUCUCUUGUGCCACAAAAGAUUCAAACAUUUCAGGGAGUACCUAUCAAAAUGGUUGCUGCUGGGGCAGAACAUAGUGUAGCCAUUACUGAAGAUGGAGAACUAUAUGGUUGGGGUUGGGGCCGAUAUGGAAAUUUGGGAUUGGGGGACAGAAAUGAUCGCCUGAUCCCUGAAAAAGUUUCUGAUGCUGAUUUGCAAUCCGAAAAGAUGAUCAUGGUUGCUUGCGGCUGGCGGCAUACUAUAUGUGUUGCAUCCUCUGGUGGAUUAUACACAUACGGGUGGAGCAAAUAUGGCCAGCUUGGACAUGGAGACAACGAGGAUCAUCUUGUGCCUCACAAGCUUCAAUCCAUGAGUGACAUGACAAUUUGCCAGGUUUCAGGUGGUUGGAGGCAUAGCAUGGCACUCACCUGUAGUGGAAUACUUUACGGAUGGGGCUGGAAUAAGUUUGGACAAGUUGGAGUUGGGGAUAACGCUGAUCGCUGCUCUCCUGUGCAAGUGAAGUUCCCCGAAGAUCAGAAAGUAAUUCAGAUCUCAUGUGGGUGGAGACACACAAUUGCUGUUACUGAAAGACAAAACGUAUAUUCUUGGGGACGAGGCACAAAUGGCCAACUUGGUCACGGGGAAACCGUUGACCGGAAUUCUCCGAAGAUUAUUGAGGCAUUGAGUGUUGAGGGAUCUUCUGGGCAGAAUAUUGCAUCCUCGAAUACCGAUCCACUAUCAGGGAAACAUUUUGCGUCGCUAUCCGAGAGAUAUGCGGUUGUUCCCGAUGAAAAUGUCUCGGGACAAACCUCUGGCUUAGUCAGGGGGGAUAGGCUCGACAUGAGUGUUCCGGAAAGCGAUGUCAAACGGAUCCGAGUUUGACAUAUCAAAUUUGCAUUAUGCAAUAUUGAUGCUUCCUCUUGGUGUCACUUUUGCCUCAUCAAACCAUAAGAGUCAAUUAGCUUCUGCCGCCAUCACGACCGAGACCACCACCACUGCGACCACUACUACUGGUAGUAUAGUAACUUAGCUUUCAGCAUCAUGAUUGUAAAAUGUAAAUUAUUUUUUUAUGUUAUGAAGAAUGUUACAUGUUCUUCCCCUCUUCUCUCUAUAUAUUAUCAUUGUUAUUAUUA